AUGCCCGUCUCCGAAAAAGAAAACAACAUCAAGGCGGGCUCGAGGACUACGAGCGCGAGGACGAGGGCCGCUACCCCUUCCUCCUCAAUUCCAGGAGUCGGCUUCUUCCUCGACGCCUAUGACCUCUUCAUCAUCAACCCCGUGGCGACCAUGCUCCAGUACCGCCUCUACGGGGGCGCCGCCAUCCCCUCCGGGCUCCAGGGCUUCCUCAAGGCCUCCGCGAACAUCGGCUCCGUCGUCGGCCAGUUCGGCUUCGGCUACGCCGCCGACACCUUCGGGCGGAAAGCGGUCUACGGAAAGGAGUUGAUCAUCAUCAUAUUCGCAACCAUCUUCUCGAUAUCCGACCCCACUGGCGACCUCUCCGCAACCGGGAGCAUUCUCUGGCUCUCCAUCUGGCGCAUCAUCCUCGGGAUAGGAAUCGGGGGUGACUAUCCCAUGUCUGCGUCCGUCGCGACGGACCGCUCGAACCUCCGCCGGCGCGGCACGCUCCUCUCGUACAUCUUCGCGAACCAGGGCUGGGGCUCGCUCGUCGGGAGCCUGAUGGUGAUCAUCGUGCUCGCGUGCUUCCACCACAUCAUGGAGGUCAAGGGCGAGACGUCCAAGGUCGACGGCGUGUGGCGGAUCCUCGUCGGGCUGUCGCUCGUGCCCGCGUUCGGCACGCUGUACCAGCGGCUCACGCUCCCCGAGUCGCGGCGGUUCAAGGCGUCGCAGAAGGGCGUCGAGGCCGAGACGGAGUCGAUCGACGAGCUCAAGAAGAAGGCUGACGCGGACCCGGGCGUGCAAGAGUCCGUGCGGCCCGCGCCCGCCUCCUCCGAGACACCCUCGCCCGCCUCGCUCUCGCCCGCACCGAGCGCAAACGCAGCCGCAGCCGCAGCCGCAGCCGUGCACGCGUCGCCCGCGACGAAGCGGGACCACUGGGCGGAGUUCUUCCACUACUUCUCCGAGUGGCGGCACCUGCGCAACGUCGUGCUGGAGGAGAUCGGGUUCGACGGGAAGAGCGGGUCCGCGUGGACGCGGCUGUUCAAGAUCGGCAUCGGGAACCUGAUCGUGACCGCGCUGGGCUUCGUGCCGGGGUACUACGUGACGAUCCUGACGAUCGAGUGGCUGGGCAGGAAGUGGAUCCAGAUCCAGGGGUUCUUGAUGGCGGCGCUGUUCUUGGGCAUCCUCGCGGGCAAGUUCUACACGCUCGGCACGGCCGCGUUCAUCGUCAACUUCGCCUUCCUCCAGUUCUUCUUCAACUUCGGUGCAAACGCCACGACGUACUGCUACCCCGCGGAGGUGUUCCCGACGAAGUUCCGCGCGUCCGCGCACGGGAUGUCCGCGGCGUGCGGGAAGGCGGGCGCGAUCAUCUCCGCGCUCGUGUUCAACUCGCUCACGGACUCGAUCGGCACGCCGAACGUGCUCUGGAUCUUCUUCGCGUGCUGCAUCGCCGGCGCGGGCUUCACGCUCCUCCUGCCGGAGGUGAAGGGCCGCGACCCGGACCUGGUGUAUGCGGAGGAGGUCCGGGAGGAGGAGCGGAUGCGGAGGGGGAUGUAA